AUGGCAGCUCUUGCCAGCUCUCUCAUCAGACAGAAACGGGCGGUCAAGGACGACCAAGCCAACCGACCGGUGGCCAACAAACGCAAGCCCUGUCCGAAGAGCAACAAGUCCCUCUGCCAGAAACAGAUCCUGGUCCUGAUCUCAAAGGUUCGACUAUGCGGGGGUCGAAAAAGUCGAAACGAAAAAAGACCAGAGCCACAGCUGAAAGGCAUUGUUACUCGGUUAUACAGUCAGCAUGGAUACUACCUGCAAAUGCAGCCUGACGGAACCGUUGGCAGCACAAAAGAUGAAAGCAGCUCAUUUUCACAGUUCAACUUAAUUCCGGUGGGACUGCGGAUUGUGGCAAUUCAAGGGACAAAAACAGGGUUGUACCUCGCCAUGAACAGCGAUGGAUACCUCUAUACCUCAGAGCACUUUACUCCAGAGUGUAAGUUCAAGGAGAGCGUAUUUGAGAACUACUACGUUACAUACUCAUCCAUGCUCUACCGUCAGACUCAGUCUGGCCGCUCCUGGUAUAUUGGUAUCAACCGCGAUGGUCAGAUCAUGAAGGGGAACCGGGUAAAGAAGACCAAGGGAGCUGCUCAUUUCCUGCCAAAAGUUAUAGAAGUUGCGAUGUACAAGGAGCCAUCGCUACAUGAGCUGGCCGGUGAACCGGUGAGUCCUCCCCGGAAGACCGUGAAGACGUCGGAUUCUCCGAGUCUACAGAAUGGACAGAAAGAGGCUCCCAAGGCUGAAGCAUCAUAG